CCGCCGGAAACCCGGCGUUACUGCCGCCGCCGCCGCCGCAGCCGCCGCCGCUCCCCGAGAAGUUGUUGCGGAGGCGGGAGGCGCGGGGCCCGGCCCGGCAUGUCCCCCCGCCCCGGGCCCGGACGGGCUGCGGGGCCGCGCGGCCCCUGAGCGGGCGGCGGGCGGCGACCGGCCCGACAUGGAGCGAGAUACAAAAGAGGAGGUCUCAGAGAAACCAAAGUCUGCUCCUAACGCAGAGAAAUACGGCUGGAUUAAGAAAAGCAGUGGGGGGCUCCUGGGCUUGUGGAAGGAUCGUUACAUCCAGCUACGGAAAACACAGCUCGUGGUCUAUGAGGAUGAGGAUGAACAGAAGUGCAUCGAGACAGUGGAACUGGAGAGUUAUGACAAGUGCCAGGAGCUGCGUGCACUACUGAAAAAGAAAAACCGUUUCAUUUUAAUCCGCUCCCCGGGUAAGAAGGUUCAUGAUAUCAAAUUUCAAGCUGCGACUUUGGAAGAAAAGGAAUCGUGGAUAAAAGCUCUUAAUGAAGGGAUCAACAGAGGCAAAAACAAAGUAUUUGAUGAGGUUAAAGUAGAUGAGAGCCUUUCCUUGGACCAUGUAACUCGGGACAGAGUGAAAAUGACCCAUGGACGCAGGCCACCGACGAGAAAUCACCUAAAGGAGGCUGCCAAGUCUACAUCAGACGGUAUUCUGCGACUCGACCUGGAUAUAGUAGACAACGGACCACCAAACUUUGGUUCCACUAUCAGCGAAAGUGAUGAUGUACCACCACAGAAGGAAACUCCAAAGCCACCUAUGCCACCUACAAAACCCACUGGCAUGAAGGAAAAUCAAGAUGCAGAGAAUGAUGUCCCUGACCAGGAACAUAAAAGACCUCUGUCUCCUCCGUUGCCUCCAGAUAAGAAGCUUAUGGAAGGCCUAGCAUCAAAGGACAAUGUAAAUGCCAAGGAAGAGGACUCUGUAAGCCCAGAGGAGAGUAUGGAAGGAUCCCAAACACCAAGUGAGGAGAACAAAGAGAAUCUCACUGAAGUCAGCAACUGGGGCAUAGCAAAAGCUCCAGUACCCCUUCCUAAGAGUGUUCCAGACAAGCUAAAAGUAGCUUGGGACCAAACAGUCCCUGAGCCUACAAACACAGAAGACUUGAAAUCAUCAGGAGAAAGUAGCAAAGACAACCUUGCUGAGAUUGCUGCCUCAGAUGUGACCAAGCCUCCUGUUCCUCCUAAGGUUCUGUCAGAAAAAAUGCUAGCCACAAUGAGCUCCAGCCAUGACAACUUGGCAGCUGGGGGCUGGGAAGAUCUGGAGUCUGGCAGCUCCAAGGCCCCGGUGAACGGAGAGCUCACAGAGCUCACAGAGCUCACAUCCCCAGCAGCUGAAACCGAAGAAGGAAAUGGGAGAAGCUCUGCUGAGAAGGAACAGCAAACUUCAGCAGAAGAGACAGAGACUUCCUUAGCUACAGAAACAGAUGAUGAGACUGUAAAAGCAACCACUGAGAAGAAAGAGUCUGUAGAAGGCACUUCACAUCUCAAACUUCGCAGUUCUUCUCUGGGAGAUUUGCUGUCCGAUUCCAAAACCACAAAGAGAGCACUUCCAGCUUUCCUGAAGGAUUCCCAUCAAUGCUUAGCUCAAAUGGAGGAGAAAGUUGCUAACGAAAGGGAAAAGGCAGAAAAACUUCUGCAGAAGGUUUUACGUGAAGGGUUGGAACAGGCCCAGGAGGGGAAUGGACCCCCAGUGAUGGCAGAGACAUUGCUCAAUGAGGCAGUGGAACAGCUUCGGCAAGCUACACAAGUUCUGCAAGAAAUCAAAGGUCUUGGAGAACUGAAAAAAGAAGCCACACAGAAACAGAAAGAAAAGCAAAAGGAUCUAGUGACUCUUUAUAGGAGAAGUGCUCCCUGACAUACUCUUCAAAAAGAGACUUCUUUCAAGCUAAACAUUUGCUGUUUAUGAUUUGUACUGUUGCUAGGCCAGUGUUUAAAAGGUGGUGUUUUGCUGUGCACACACCAUGUUUAUGAGACAGAACUGAGCUUUCAGUUAUAGCAUCUUUCUCUCUUUCUUCACCUUGUACAUACCAGUCCCAUUCUAAUCCUCUUAGCACAGCAGAAGGUUUCAGGACAGUUUCAAAAAUGUGAAUGAAUACUCUUGAAGGACUCUGUCCAAAGUCCUUUCAGUGGAUCAGGCCUUAAAAAUUACUGGUAAUCAAAGCAAGCCAGAUUUUUGAAAGGAGCAGAAUGUCUCUUCUAGCAAAAGCCUCUGUCUUUCUUUACAGACAAGCAGAUACCAGAUUACACUGGCACCUAUCUGGUUUUCCCAGUUAAAUCAUUUAAGGAUAAAUGUAGUCAGUCAUUUGCUUGCUGGCAAGGUUUCCCAGACCACCUGGCCCGGUGACAUCUAGGAAUGUAAAGAUAAAUGGUUUAAUCCUCUCCAAAGGCACUCAUAAAACCACAUCCACAGUUACUGACCUCACACAGAGGCACACAAAACGGGCCAAUUCCUUUCUACAAGUAGUGUCCUCAGAUCUGGAGCAGCUGCAUGAAGGCACUGAGUCUGGCUAUGCAGAGCUCUCCGUGUGCUAAAUGUUGUGUAAGCAAACAUGAAUCUUACUGCAUCAUUGCCAGGCAAGUAUUAAUUGUUCCUGUUCCAUCAAUUGAGGCAAAGAGCAGGUUACACUUGAGGCCUUUGAGGAAGUGUCUACUAGCAGCACAACACACUGAUUAUUGAGGUCCAUACCUAUCUGGGAACUCUGGAUCCAUUGCUUGACGCUGGGAACAACGAGGUGAUCAGAGAACAUGCGUCCAGAUCCCCAAGACCUUCCUAGGAGAGCUGUCACUAAGAAGCAUCAGGACUGUGUUCUCUCAGCUGCAGGCUUUUUGUCCUUGUUGUCUUGGGAUGUUAACUGACAGGAGCAUGCACAUCAGGCAGCAGGUCUGGAGGAGAUCCCCUUUAUUGAACAGGUCUCUCUCAGGCUAGCCUGAGAGCCACCAUUUGGCACAGACAUCUGUGAUUGGAGUUUGUGGAAGGAAAAGCAUUUUGCACACACAGUUUUGAGGCUGGGCCCAGUGGUCUAAGUAUAUGAAAAUCAAAAUGCAUUGCUACAGAAGGAUCUGAGGAAUGCACUGGAGAAAGCUGAGGUGCAAUUUGCACAGCUUCCCUGCCCACCUGCUGAAAUCAGCCAUGAUUCUCAUGGUCCUAGUGAUUACAGCUGUGAUAAAAUCAUGUCUUUGCAUCUCUGCUGUGUAGCUCCCUACCUGAGCUGGGUCUCCUCCCCUACCCUCUGCUCCAGAGUUGCUCUGAGGAGAACCUUGACAGCCUGAAGGGGUUCUUUGCUCCAGCCCUGGGAAGGGCAAUCUUCCCCAUCUGGUUGUAAGGAGUGACAUGCAACCUAAGCUCUCUUCUCUGAUUUGCCAGCACUGCCCUCUUAGCUCACCCAUUUUUUUCCCCUUCUGUGCACUCUUUUAUCAUUUCCCAGGUUCCACAAGGCUGCAGCAGGCUGCUAACACCUGCCAUAGCAGCAGCCCAGUAAAGCUUCAUCUGAGCCUCUUCUUAGGCUAGGCAGUUGGCACUUCAGGUAUGUUCAUGGAAAUGUUUGGUUUGGGCUUCAAAUAACCUGUUUUUCACCAUCUGGAGCCAGCAGAACAGGUAAUGACUAGAACUGAUGCUUCUGCCUUGGUUUCAGGGGCCUCUCCCCCUCUUGAAGGCAGCCACAGAUACAGCAAGGGAACUCACGUCUUGUUCUCUCACGUGGAAGGUUCCACACAGUCAAACACUCAGGGCUCAGAGGCCAAAAAGCUUUGCUUUGAGACAAAAAGAUUCCUACGUCCUAAGCCCAGUCUGAGGCACAGAGCCUGGAGCAAACUCUGGAUCCGUGUCAUUUUGCUGCUGUAAAUUCAAUGUGAACUGUGAGUCUUAUUCACCUGUCUAGACACACUUAGGACAAGGGCUAAUAACACAGACAAUAUUCAGUGCCUAUCUGCUAUCUAAAUGUAUUUUCCUGCAUGUGCACUUUUGUUUACCGAACACUGUGUGGUAUGAAUGUGAGCUGUCAGAACCUGGUGUGCACUGGAAGUCAAGAGACAUCAGCUUCAGAGAGCAGGCAAGCUUUUUCAAGGUGCAGUUCUAUAACAAGAGAGAAAUUAGAUGGGGAAGAAAAAAACCCCAGUUCACAAUAACGGGAAUAUACACAAAGCAGAGCAAACUCUGGGUACAGGUUCAUAUCCCAAAGCUGAAGGCAGGGCAGGGCUCCAGGAUAGGCAAAUCAAAGCCUGGAACUGAAAACCCAGGGGGAAGGGAACAGCUUCUGGGAUAGCUCAGUCCUCUAGUUUGUAUCCAAACGCUUCUGCUCUAGCAGGUGUGUGGAUAUCCAUCUGGCAAAGUGCUGAUGAAAACACCCAGACAACCCUAUCUCUUACAGCCAAACCUACAGGAAGUGCUUAUAUUUACUGUAUAUUUUUAUAUUAUACUGAAUAUUCUAAUGAAUAAAUGUCUGACGUUACUGAAUACCCAUGGGUAGGAAUCCUAACAGGUAACAAACGCUGCAUCUGUUAGGAAAUGGGCAACUUCAAUCAUUUUACAAGCUACAGCUAAUGAUGGUAUUUGCUGUACUAACAGAACUUACUAGAUUUGUAUUAUGAUUUGUAAAUAGGUAUAACUUAAGUAGAAUCUCUGUAGCACCCAGUAACUCUACUGCUGAAAACGCUAUGAUAGAGACUCUUUGAUUUAACUAUUUUUUUUUUUCUAAUAGGGUUAGCAACUUCAUCCUAAAAUGUCCAGCCUGGCUGUAAGCCUGAUUCACCUGGCCUUUGCAGGAAAAAAAAAACACGUCAUCUUCCUUCUGCAGUUUUCUCACGUGUUCUUCUGGUCAUGAGCCAGGCCCUGUGUAUAGCUGGAAACUGCCUUCUGGGGUAUGUUGACAUGCUCCUCUGAAAAUGGCAGUGCUGGUCAGAGUCAGAGACAAGACCCUGGUCUGCUCUGACCUUCUAUAGGAACUCCUCUCUUCAGUGUACAUCCUGCCACCAUGCACUUUCAAAAAAACUCUCUUGAAAACUUACAUCUAAUUUCUGGGUGCACUAAGGCUGGCGGGGGGAGUUGUGCCUGAGAACCCUGUGGGCACUGAGCACUGGGAUGUUAGUGUGUUUUGGGCUGUGCCACCGAGUUACGUGUCUGUGACAGGAAGGAAGUAAGUUUGAAAGCAAGCAAAUGUGGAUGACUAUCUGAAAAGCAGCUGCUGCAGCCCGUGAAAAGGCAGCACUUCGUCUUCAGCUUGUAAAGAGCUUUUGAGAUUUGGCAAUAAAACCCCCUUUGAAGUA